AUGAGGCGCGUUGCACUUGCCAGUGCUGCCCUGGCCUUCUGUCUGCCCGCCCAAUGGGUGGCAGCGGAAAAGCGCGAGCGGAGCAUUGCGGCGCGCGAGGCAGCGCGACAGAAAGACGCGGCGCAUGCAGGAGAGCGAACAGGCAGGCAAGACAAGCAUGCGUCCAAAUACUCGAAGAAGAGCGUGCUCCUGCUCAAGGAGGUCUUCGACGAGUACGAUGGGGACGGGUUCGGCACAAUCUCGCUCAACGAAAUGCGGCAGUCCCUCAUCCAGAAGAAAGAGGACAAGGCACGCGCGGCAUUGCAGUCCAAGGACCUCGCCGUCCGGCAGGCAGCCGCCGGGAUCGAUAUUGCCGACGUUGUCGAGCCUCUCUUCAGAACUUUGGACCGGGACGGAGACGGCGAAAUUAGCUUUCCGGAGCUACUCGCGGUGCUCUUCCCCCUCGCCACGCACACAGAGAUGGAAACGAUGCUCUCCUGGGUGAAGAAAGGGCCCCAAGGCCCAAACGAGCUGCCGCUCACGAUGUCGGAGGAGCAGCUAUCGGAGCUCCGCGCGAUCUUUGACAUCUUCGACACCGACGGGUCGGGAGCCCUCACACUCCCAGAGUUGCAGGCAGCACUUGCCUCGUGUGGGAUGACAAGGGGUGAGAUCAGAGACCUGUUUGAGAGCGCUGACGUCGACCAGCGCGACGGCCACCUCGACUUCUGCGAGUUUGUGAGCAUGAUGACAGAAUCAGAGUUCUUGUAG